AUGCCGUUGGGGAAGUACUACUGCGACUACUGCGACAAGCAGUUCCAAGACACCCCGUAUGCUCGUAAACGCCAUCUCCAAGGUCUCCAACACCUUAGAGCCAAGGCUCUCUGGUUCGAUUCCUUUAAGCUCCAAGAUGCGAACCAGGCUUAUACUGAGGGGUUUCGAAAAGGGGUCUGCAACCAUUUUAUAAAGACGUGGUAUGAGCUGAUACUGAAUGAUGGGCUGACUGAUGAUUUUGCAUUAGCUUUUGGGGUUUUGCCAGUAUGGGGAUUCUUGCAAAUAUUUUCAUCCCAAGAGCAAUUUGUCAAAUGUGAAUGCUCAAGGCGUAUCUGGUUUGACAAACCUUUAGGCAACUUUUCUGACAUUCAGCUUCUGGCUGUCAUGAAUGACAAUCAGUUACCUAGUAUCCCAGUAAAUCAAUUAAUUGGAGGAGGCGCUUUGUCUGGGGUUGUAGUGCGAGACAGUAUGGGAGUGUCAUGGGGCAAUCUACCUCCAUCACUAAUGCCUCCUCCAGAGGAAGGAUAUCCACCUCUUCCCUUUGUGGAUUGGGGAUAG